UCUACAUAUUAUGGAUAAAUACAAUAUUUUGUAAUACAUUUUUUGGAAAUCUUCAAGUUCUUAGUUAUACUCAAUCUGAAUCAAAUCACCCCUGUCAUUGCACAGGUGAUAGUUGCAUUAUGACACAAUUAGAUCCAGAACCAGAUAUUUGUAAUACCGAUUAUGAUACAUUAGCACUAAUUGAUGGUGAAUUAUUUGUUUUCAAAAAUAAGUACGUAUGGAAAUUUAAAAAUCAAAUGUCAAAUAUUAAUAAUCCGUUUCAUAUUUAUGAUAUAUGGAGAUUUCCAGUCAAUGAAACUUUAAGCAACAUUAAUGCUGUUUAUCAAAAUAAAGAGAAGAAAACAAUUUUUUUUGUUGGUAAUAAAUAUUACAGUUUUGAUGGAAGUUAUUUAGAAGAAGGGUAUCCAAAAUUAUUAAGCAAUCUUGGACUACCAAAUGAGUUAGAGAGAAUUGAUGCAGCUUUUAUUUGGGGUCAUAAUAAUAGUACAUAUCUUUACAGUGGUGUUUUAUAUUGGGUAUUUAAUGAAGAUGAAAAGAAAGUGGAAAUAUAUUAUCCACGGGAUAUGACAGAAUGGGCUGGCAUUGGAUAUCAUAUUAAAGCAGCUCUUGCAUAUAAAAACGGUAAAACGUAUUUCUUCAAAAACAAUUAUUUUUAUGAGUUCAAUGAUAAGAGAAUGCAGGUGGCACAUUUACGUCCAAAAAAAACAGCAUUAAGAUGGUUUAAAUGCCCCAAACGUAGCCCACAUUGAAAAUUGGAGAUGAGAAGAACAUUAUAAUAUUUUUUUGGAAUUUCUUCCUUAUGAUGCUACGAUUAUGUGGAAUGUAUACAUAAAAAUGUAUGUAUAUUUUUGUAAAAAGCGGUUAGAAAAUUUUUUUAAAAGUAACAGAUAUUAAUA